AUGAAUACAACCUCUUCUGAUGAUCAAAAUGAUCUCACUGAAAAUAAUACAAAUCCUGCCAAUAAGUGCCAUUCACCCACUACAUCGUCACAUCACAACACUUUUGUCAAUUCAUCAUUCUCAUCAUCAGAUUUAUGUGCUUGGUGUCAAAAACCAAAUCUUCAAACUUAUAAAUACACUUCAUUCUGUCAAUCGGUUAGUUUAAAUAGUGCUAAAUAUAAAAUAAAACCUGUACCAGUUUGUUGUUCACAAAUAUGUUUUGAUAAUUUACGCCGUGCAUAUUUUAAAAAUCGUCGACAUCAACCAAACAAACAACUAUUAGAUGCAAUACCGGCUAUGGCAAUUUCCGGCCGAUUACCAUAUACAUCUGAUUCAGUUAUGGAAAAAUUCUACAAUGGAAAUAAUUCAAAUACUGCGGCUAAUAAUUUACCAGCCACCAUUAUUAACAACUGUCCAACGAAUAAAUUGACAUCUAAGAAACGAUUACACAAUCACCAGUCUGAUCAACAGUGUCAUCAUCAUCAAUCACAGAAUACAUUUGCUAAAUCUGUUACAAAUAUUACUCAAUUUAAACAGAAUUCUUUAAGAGAAGAAAAAAACUAUGAUUUAUUGUCAAGUUUUCAAUUGUAUUCACAAUUAAACGAUUACAUCAAUAAGCAUAAUGUUGAAAUGUCCAAUCCACUAUAUGACUAUAUAAUACAACGUUUGGAUAUUAACCAAUUUGUAAAUAAUUUUAUAAAUGUUAUGAACACUGAGCAUGUUAAUGGUACAACUAUAACCAAUGCAACAGAAGCAGCAACAACACCUACUACUACUACUACUAAUGUAAAUAUUAAUACUGAUCAGAACCUACACAUAAAUCCAUUGACUAUUGAUAAUUUUAAUAUUGAACCAAUGAAUUCAAAUGUGGAAUAUAGUCACCGGUCCAACUGUUCAAAUCUAGAAAUUAUGAAUUUCCUCAACCCAUUACUAGUAUCCACAAAUAAAAGUGAUCAACCUAUAAUGGAAAAUACAAUUGCCCAUAUUAAUGAAUAUGAAAUGAAUUGUUUGAAUCAACCAUUAAUUAUACCAAUACCUAUACCAAUAUAUAAAACAGCUCCAGAUUUAUUAAAUAUUUUACAUCAGUAUGGUUAUCAUUCAAUCGAUUCAUGUCAAUAUCAUUACAGACAGUCCAAUGUUGAUGCAACAACUCAAACAAUAAAUUCGAAUCAAUUUGUUUCAAAUGAAAUUAUUGACAUGGUAAAUGAUGCUGAAGUGAAUGAACACAGAAAAAUUAAUGAAUUCAAUAAAAUAGAAUUUGAUCAUCAUUUUUUAGACAAAAACACUGAAAAUGUAUUGGAUUUAAGUGCUUCAAAUAAAAGUGUAAAGCACAAUUUACAUAGAAAUUGUUCAAAGCCACAGAAACAAGAAUCGCUUCAUCAAUGUCAACGUCAAAACAAGCGCUAUCUGAAUAGACGCCUAUUUAAACAAGUGUGUUUUUCAGGCAUAUAUAAACUGAUUCAUCCAAUGACAAAACACUGUUAUACAGUUAGAAUUACACCUGUUAGACGGUAG